GAUCUGAGAGCAGUGUAUCCUGUUGGGAGCCGGGCUGUGUAUCAGUGUGUCGCUGGUUACUCCUUCUCUGAAGGGGAUGGGACACUGAGGUGUGGAGAGGAUCACCACUGGGAAGAGAGGAUCUUGCAGUGUCUGAGGACUGUGUGUGCACCCCCACAAUUACAGAGAGAUCUGGUUGUUAGCCCUGAGAAGGCAAACUAUCGAAUUGGAGAGACCAUCUCUCUCUCCUGUCCUGAAGGCAGCACGUUGCAAGGUCCCUCUGAGAUUCUGUGUGACUCCAGUCUGCAGUGGUCCCAGGACCUGAACACUAUCAGAUGUGACCAAGGGGCAGUUACUGAAGCUCCCGAACAUCCCCAGUGUGCUCCAUGGAAGAAGAUGAAGAAUGAAAAGUGUGUUUGCAAAAUGCCAUAUGAAUGCAGGUAGAGUCUACUGCAUUGCAAUGUGAGG